UUCAAUCAUCUUCAGUCUUCCAUUCACCUCUCCUUCUAGACCGGCAGCAAUCGGGUCGCGUUCAACCCGUUCUGACAACCCUCUCAGACAUCUAUUCCCUUAUAUCUCCACUUAUAUUCAUCAUAUCGGUUGAAUGCCUGCCGCACCUCCAUCCACUUCCACUACUAUAAGGGGCAGGCGACCACCCACCCCCCAGUAGUCCAUCAGCUUCACCUUUCACCAGUCUCUCAUUCUCGACUAUCGUUAUCCUUGAGUACAACUCUCGCAAUCAAACACUUUCUUACUCCACCAAAGCUCGAAAUGCUCGCAGAUGCCGACAUAAACGCUCUGGAAAGCCACCUUGGCACCGUUGUGCGUGAUAAUCAACAACACCACGACAAUCUACAGAACCUGCUUCAAAAAUUCCAGGAACUGCUCCAGAACUAUAACAACUUAAAGAGUGACUACGAGGAGGAGAAAGAGGGACGAGAGCGUUAUAAACGAUUGGCAAGGGCACAGGAACGAAACCCCUUCGUGUUGGUUCUAGUCGAUGGUGAUGGCUAUUUAUUUAGAGAACACCUGAUAAGAGCUGGAAGCGAUGGUGGUAUCACGGCCGCUCGACUCCUGCAUGACGCGAUUCGCGAAUUACUACACGAUCGCCUUGGGGCCCAGGCGGAUCAGUGUCGAAUAAUGGUUCGCAUCUAUGCCAAUGUUCUGGGAUUGUCCAAGGCGCUGGCACGCUCGGGGCUUGUCGGCCAUGAGGCUCGCUCAUUAUCUCCCUUCAUGGCCAACCUGACGCGCUCUCAAGAUUUGUUCGAUUUUGUCGACGCAGGUGAUAAGAAGGAAGCGGCGGAUCACAAAAUAAGAGAAAUGUUCCGUCUGUUUGCGGACAAUAACCAAUGCAAGCAUAUAUUCUUUGCUGGGUGCCACGACGCCGGAUAUACAAGCUUACUGACGCCCUACCGCGGUCGAUCAGAGCGUAUCACCCUCUUAAAAGCGGCUGGAUUCCAUGCCGAAUACGAUAACCUGGGCCUGCCGGUCAGUGAAUUGCCGGCGGUGUUUAUGUCGACAUCCUUCGGUGCUGCUCACUCAAGAGAAUCCCCCAGCCAGUCUCAAAGUUCGGCACAGACCGUACCCCCCUCUCCUAGCCGCCAGGUCUGUCGGCAUUAUCAAAAGGGUACAUGCAGGUAUGGAAACUCAUGCACGAAGCUCCACAUACAACCAAGCCCACAACUAUCUAAAUUCACCGACGAAAAUCCAUCAAUUUUUGAUCGAGAAAAACCUUUCACACCCCGGACUCAGGACUACUAUGCUGCCAAUCUACCCGGGACUACAAAUCCGUUCUAUGGGAACCACGUGCCUACCAAUAAGACAGGCGACCGCAUUGACACCUACUGUGCGGUGCCCUCCCCGGAAGCAUGGGAAUUAUAUACCCGACGCGCCAGACAUCAUCGGCCUUGCAACAACUUUCACUUGGCCGGGCAAUGCGAUUUAAUGAACUGCGACUUUGAUCACUCCGCCAUCGACAAGAUCAGCCGCGGCGUGAUGACCUACAUCCUUCGUCAGCACCCGUGUGCUACUGGUCUCGCUUGUCGGUCGCUCAAGUGUUUUCUCGGACAUCAUUGUCAGAAAGACGGAUGUCGGGGCACAAAAUCAUGCAAGUUCAAUCGUCAUGCCCACAUGCUGGACUUGCAUGUUGUAAAGUGGGUACCGGCCAUAGAGAAAGACGUUGCCGGAUCCCCCAUGAGCGACGCCUCUGGAGAGGCAAGCCCGGCCGAGUCAGACAACGCCUACGCAUAUCCGAUCAACAAUAUGUGAUUCUCAGGCGGUUAAUGGUCCACGGGGAGCAGUCCACUCGCAAUUCAGUACAAUCUCCAAGAUUUAAUCAAGUGUAACAGGAACAUACAUAUUACAAUUACAAAGGAAUCGGAACUCGGGAACUCCGCCUUCUGAACUGGGUGGUUUUAGGGAUACAUGUAUUACAAGAUUACCCAUUGAGGUAAUGCUGCGAUAUUCCGAGC